GCCGUAUGGUCCAUCAAAUUUAAAAAGCCACCAUCUUUCUCCCCAUAUGCUGAAAACUAGCUGUGUGUUCCCCUCAGAUCCCUUCCGUCCGCCGGGCUUGGCGUCCCUGCGUGAGACACACGAGGACGCCAAGCUGUGUCAGGACGGUACGUUGGUUCUCUCUCUGCCAUGAUGGGGACAUGUCACUCACCUAGACAGACCGCUGGCUGCGUUUGUAUCGAUAUCAUGUAAACUCAUUCGUAUGUAUCCAGUCCAGGUGUCUGUCCAUUCACACCCACGCACACACACACGCUAGGGCGACCAACCGCCCGACCUAUUCUUACAAAUAAUGCCAUAGCUAUCAUGCAACCAACUAAGAAACACCCGGCCCGUUCGCUACGUCAACUUAGUCAACUUAUGCCACACCACGUCACAGCUGGCUUCGCCCACCGGCACCAGACCUGACCUAAGCUGACCUUUCCUUUCAAUCCCACGUCGCCUCCCGCCUCAGCUUAGUCACCGGGGUACCCAAGGAACUCUCCACCCGACCUCCCCCCACCCCAAGCACCCCCACCCCCGCACCAUCGUCAUCAUCCCUCGGCUCUUGUCGCUGGCCACUGCUGCGGUGCCCAUAGCCGUCCACACAGCACAUGACAGAGGAAAGAGGGGCCGUCCCCGCCAUGGCCAUGCUCGUCUGUCUGUUGCACCGGUGCAUGAUCCUGGCCUUCCUCCAGGUGAGCACGACGAGCACCGCUGCCAAGGCUAGCAUGCACCCUGCUGCCGUGCCGCCAGCCACACAUACCCAGGGCGAGUGCAGAGAGAAGGGGGAGGGGGGCGGGGCGUGGUCGUCUGACGCCGAUGGGUUGAGGGACUUAAUCGCUUUCUCGCGCUGCGGCCCAUGGGACAGAGAAGAAUUCUUGUCGAGAGGUCGGAUGACGACAGGCAGCGGAGCGGAGGUCUCUUCUUCUAUGUCUCGGUGUCGGUCGACUCCUGUGGAUGGCGAUGAGCCAUUGGUGGCGGCUUGAGCGACGGGUGGCUGCUCCGGCAAGGACUCACUCUCAAGGACGACCGAGGCCGUGUCGUUGGUUGAUGAGAUAUCGAUGUCGUCGAUGGACGAGGCGCUCAGUGUCUGGUUCUCGGCACCGUGGCCCCGCUCAUCUGACGCCUCGUCAGUCGACAAUGGAGGCGGCCCCGUACGACAUGAUAUGGCGCCCUCACCAUCUACACACACACACACACAGACAGAGGCCACACGGAACAGACAAUGAUGUGGCUCCUCUGCAUGCCUUUCUCUGUUGCCUCACUCACCGGCACUUGGUUCGGAUGGGGUGCCACAUGCCCGUGUGCCGCUGGUGAUUGAUCUGGUGAGCAAGUCAUCCUCCGUCUGCUUCAGCAACGUGCCCUUCGUGGCCUUGAGGUAGCACGCGCCAUCGCCAGUGUCCCUGUGGACGGCAUACACGACGAGGUGCGUCCAGUAGCCACAGCCAACGGUGAUAGCACACCAAUCGGCACCUGCCGGGAGAUAGACAUAUACACAAGACGGCCAUGGAAGGUUCGCGUGUGCUCACAUGACUGUGACGUGGGGUAUCCUCUCCACGCGCCAGUGAGAUCAGCCGCAAUGUAAUCAAUCCCUUCGUCCAACACGCAGCCGGACACCUGUCCUGCAGACACUGCAGACACCGCAUUCGCACGUCAGAGCACGUCCACCAAUCGGCUCUCCAUGUUGGUGUGAGUGCCGUGUCCAUCGCCCCACCCACCAACCCACCUGAUGAAGCCCUCGGCACGGCAGCCAACAGACAGACUGCACCUGCGAUUGCACCUGCGAUAAUGGCACCUGCGAUGGACGCCAUCCCCCUCCCCUUCUGAGUGAUGUUAUAAACCGGGCCCGACUGCUCCCGCAGGUGAGUGGUGUGCCUCUUUCAGCCAGCGCUGAAGUGGCUGUUUAUCUCAUGGCGAGGCUUCAGCAGCCUCGACUGUCAGCCAGCGAUGAAGUGGCUGCUUAUCUC